ACAUUCUUCUGAUUGAACGGAAUCACCAUUGUUGUGACUUGUGAGUUACUACUGAUUCUCUCUCUCUCUCUCUCACACACACACAGCUCACUGUGUGUGUGUGUGAGAGAGAGAGAGAGAGAGAGAGAGAGAGAGAGAGAGAGAGAGAGCAUUUAUUAAGGGAAUGGAUUCGUUCGUUUGCAGUAAAGGUACAUACAAUCCACAUUCAUUUUAUGGAUUCUUCGCAAUUAAAGGUUUUUCUGUUGCAGAAAAAACGCUCGAGUGUGUGUGAUUUUGGGGAUUGGAGCAUCGAAUUUUCGCUAUGGCGUUAAAAUUGGUGCUGAUUGCUGUUUUCGUGUUGGAUUUGAUUGCCUUCUCACUUGCUGUUGCUGCUGAACAGCGGAGAUCUUCUGCCAAGAUAGCGACCGAUGCAAACUCCAACUAUUGCGUGUACGAUUCGAACGGAGCAACUGGUUUGGGUGUAUGCUCGUUUCUGUUCCUUAUGGCUAGUCAGAUAUUGAUAAUGGCUGCCACGAAGUGUUUGUGCUGUGGGAGACCACUUCGACCCAGUCGAUCAAGGGUUUGGGCGAUCGUCUUUUUCAUCACUUGCUGGAUGGCGUUCUUCAUUGCCGAGGUGUGUUUGUUAGCUGGCUCAGUUCGAAAUGCAUACCAUACGAAAUACAGGCCGUAUUUGUCUCAAAAUCCACCUUCGUGUGAGACGUUGAGAAAGGGAGUGUUUGGAGCAGGUGCAGCGUUCAUAUUCUUUACAGGUUUAUUCUCUGAGCUCUUCUAUGUCAGCUAUUCGAAAACCGGUGAUGGAUUCUUGCCUCGAGAUACUACCGGUAUAAGAAUGGGAUCAAUAUAGCUGCUCAGCAUCCUACUUGAGAGAAGUUUUUGCUAGUUUUUUAUGCAACAUUUAAUAUUUCUGAUGAUUUGAAUAAAAUUGCAGUUGUGAGUUAAGACAGUACAUGUAAAGUAUGCGUUGUAACGAUCUCCAGGAUAUACAAAUAAAUGUUCGUUUAUCCGAAAUCCCA